AUGAAAGAGAAACCACAAACUUCUAAUUUCCUCAAAGAGAUUUUCCAGAGAGGGCUGGUUUAAAUAGUAUCUGACCUUUCAGAUUACACAUUUCCUUAAGAAGCUGCUGAGAAAGAAGUAUGAUUCCUGCCUGCCUUUCUCGAUCAGAUAUGUCAAGGAAAAUGUUCAAGCUCCUGCCAGUUAUGUUACUUGAUAUCCAGCUUCAUUUGAUGACAGCUUUAUUCACAGUGGAAGUUCUUCAACCUCAGUACUCUGUGGAGUAUGGGAGCAAUGUGAUACUGAGGUGCCGUUUUCCAGUCAAUUCCCAAUUAAAUUUUAAAAUGUUAAGCAUUUUGUGGGGGAAAAAAUCACCAAAACAAGAAGAAAAAGAAAUCUACAAGCUCCACAAGGGGCAGGAAGACCUCACACUGCAAGAUCCAGACUACAGAGGGCGAGCCACCCUACUGCAUGAAGAAUUACAAAUGGGGUAUUCAGCACUCAGUAUCAGCAGUGUAAAGAUCACAGAUGCUGGCUCUUUCCUCUGUGUCAUUAACUAUGGAGAGGCUGAUUACAAGUACAUUAUUCUGGAAGUAAAAGCUCCAUACAGAAGAAUAAACAUCCAGAAAAUAAAAGAUCCCGAGGAAGAGGGCCUGAUUUUAAUUUGUCAGUCAGAAGGGUAUCCCCUGGCUGAAGUAUCCUGGCACGAUGGGAGGAAUCCUAAUGUCAGCAUGGCUGCAAACACUACUUUUGAACUGACUGAUGAAGGACUGUUCAAUGUAACCAGUAUCCUGCGAGUCAAACAAAACAUUAGUGGAAACUACACCUGUGUAUUUUGGAAUAAAAAACUGAAUGAAAAAACUUCAGCAUAUGUAUCAGCAUUUCAGUUAGAUUAUAUGAGUGAAUUGACUAUCGGGUCCAAAAAAAGGCUCGUUUUAUUGAUCCCACUUUGUUUGCUGGUGUUAUCUUUUCUAGCAGUGUUUGUGUUUAAAGUUAUAAGGAGAAAAUCAUCCACAAAUCUGUGCAUUCAAGGAAACUGUAGGAAUGUUUCCCACCACUCAAGGGCAAAAGAAGCAGAUCUCAGUUUGAAAAUUACUAGCACUCCUUUAAUAUGACAAAUCAGGAUUCUCCAUGUGUUAUUUCUGAAUCUGAAGGGUAAUCCAAAUCUGCAAGACUUGCACAAUGAUGCAAACAGCUAGAACUUGGGGACACUUUGGCACCUGCAUCAU